CGCCGCAUCCCUGGAUAUAUUGACCAAGCUUACCAUCCAAGGCUCUCGAUUGUCUUGGAUUCAAUCACGAGAAACCUCAGGUGCAUACAAGCAUGAAGAAGUCGGCCUGCGGACACGGCAUUUGGGUAUCCUCAUUCACGCGAGCUACGCGCAGUCAGCAUUGUCAUUUGCCAUUUGACCCGUGGACAGGUCACUAUCACCUGCCAUCGCGUCAGAUCGAAAGUAUGGCCGGCCGCACACAGCCCAUGAUCACGCGUCUACUAGGUUUUCAUACGCGCCUCCACAGGGAAGGAAUUCCUGCCCUCCCGCCGAUGAAUGUUCGCGCCCAUAGGGGGGUUGCACUCGCCCCUGAGACAGAUUGCAUUCGCCCCGAGCAGAAUGGUUUGCAGAUUGUUUUGAUUCAAGCACUCUACUGCGAAGAACGGAGGCCGCUUUCGAUGCGGAAACUUAUGGAUGCAUACCAAGACAUGCCAUUCGUCCGUUAGCACUAGCCGCGCAUAGGAACCUGGAUUGCACCCAGAGACUCCUGUCCGCGGACCCAGACACGGUGCAAAGUCGUUGUUGAACCAUCGGAUAUUAGAUUACCCGCAGGAUCCCUGAUCAGGCUGAAGUCAAUCUCCCGCCUCUUGCCCAACCACACCGCGGCAAUGCGUUCAUCACUCUUGGCUUG